AAAGUGUAGGUGUGAAAGCACCCUAAGUUGUAAUGUUACGUUAUGUUGCUUCGACAGUGUUGCAGUCCUUAUUAGCCUAUAAAUAUGUCCUGAAUUCAACAAUGAGAAAGAAGAAAGGGACCGGAGACCCCACCAGCUCGAGUAGCUCAACAGGUGUGUGUAGUUCUACCACUUUCCUACAACAGGCGCUGCUGAGCGCGGUGUCUCUGCUCGUCUCCUCCUCUUCCUCCUGCAGGGCCUUUCAAAAUCUCCCUGACCGGCCCAUUUAUAACAGACAAUGUAGCAGACUGACCCGAGCAGUCCUCCUCCUCAGCUCAGAAAGGCACAUUCACAGCUUUCACUCCGGCUGUGGUACAAACGCACACAGAGCGGUCGAGUUUGUGCACGAGCUCCGAAGCAAGCUAAUGGACUUAUAGCCGAAUAACGGAGAGCGAGCGCGCGCAUCUGUGACCCCGCCGGAAAGGCUGAUGGAUGGAGCGAGGGACCAAUAUGAGGAACGACUGAAAGAGGUGUUUGAGAGUUUCGAUGGGAGCGGUUUGGGCUCUUUGAGUCCUGAAGAACUGAGUGAUCUGUGUCAGGCCCUUCAGCUGGAGGAAAACACACUCAACACACUCUUACACACACUGCUGGAUGACCACAUCACUGCUCGGGUUGAUUUUGAACAGUUUAAGGAUGCGCUGAUCCUUGUUUUAUCAAGCACAAAUACAAAUGAUGAAGAGGAGUGUCUUGAACAACCAGAUUCUCCAGAAGUCCAGCCACGCUUUGUAAAGGGCAGUAAACGUUACGGCCGACGCUCUGCUCCUGAGUUCAUUCCCACACAUACUGAUUCAAACAUACAGGCUGAUGAUGAGGAGGAGAAGGAUGAAGAUGCUCAAGAGAGCGAUGACAGGACCGUACCCCGGAAGCGCGAGCGCUGGAAUGCUGACAUGAGCAUUUCUGAGGAGUUUGAAGCAGAGGGUCAGCUGCACCUCUGGAACCCUGAUGAACCCACAACACCACGGGGCAAAGCUCUGUCGCUCUGUGACCUGGAGGAGCGUCUGCAGAAUGCCUGUCUUCAGCUCUCUUUGCCCGUAAACGGCAUGGCCACUCUCUCACAGCUGCACGCGCUCUGCCAACACAUUGGCAUUGAGGUGGGUGAGGAUCUAUUACAGUGUGCUGAUGAAAGCCUAAUGGAUGUGCAGGAGUUUAUCUCAUGUGUAAUAAACCACAGCAAACCACCCACACCAUCAGCAUCCACACCCUACAGACAAUUAAAGAGAAUCCACUCCACUCAGUUUGAUGAGUCAGGCCGUAGGAUCUCAUGCGCUUUAAGCAGUACAAUCGCUCUACGGGUGUUUUCUGAUUUGGAUGAUGGAUCGGGACACGCUCCUGUGGAAACUCUGCUGAACAGGUGGAUGGAGGAGGGAGUGGACAACAGCUCGGAGAUCCUGCAGGCUCUGGAUUUUAAUCUGGAAGGUAAAGUGAAUCUGUCGGAGCUCACCGUUGCUCUAGAGAACGAGCUGCUGAGCACUAAGAACUCAAUCCACCAGGCGGCGCUACUGAGCUUCAAGGCAGAAAUCAGACAUCUGCUUGAGUGUGUUGACCUGGAAAGGCGUGAGAAGGAGAGAAUUCGCUUUGAUCUGGACACAGCAGAGAAACUGAAAUCGGAGCUGGCGUCUGAAGUGGACGAUCAUCAUGCUGCCAUAGAGCGCAACAACGAACUCAACCUCCGGAGGGUGGAGCAGGAGUAUAAAGAGAGUAUGACUGCUCUGAGGACAGAGCUCAGUAAAGAGAUGGAGCUUGUGCAACAGCAGGCCAAUCAGCAACGAGAAGAGCUUGAACAAGAAAUUAGCAAGAUGAGAGAUGAUGAAACCUUCCUACGAGAACACCUAACGCUUACCAUUAAAGAAAAUGGUCGUCUGGAGUCAGAGCUUAUUGAGACCACAGAGAAACUGGUGGAGGCUGAAAACCAGUUGAACAAAGUACAGAAAAACCUGGAUGGUGUUUUGAAAGAGAAGUUUGGUGAUUUGGAUCCAGACAGUGCAGAGUUUUAUCAGCAGGAGGAUCGUCUGAGACAGCUGCGCAGGAGCUAUGAGGAGCAGUGCAGGGAGCUACAGGACCGUAUAGAUGAGCUGGAAGCUCAGCUGGAGGAAUAUCAGACUUCAGGCCACACACCCUUGAGACGUCCCGGACUGAGUCUGUCUGAUGAAAUGGCCAGCAAGAGUCUAGAGCCAGGUUUUCAGGAGCAGCAGCCGUUAAACAUGAGUCUAGAGACGGAGAUGUUACUUGAACAACAUCAGCGAGAGAUAGAAAACAUUAGAGCAAUGGUUGAUGAAGAAAAACGCAGCGCAGAGGAGGAGAAGGAUCUUCUCUCUCUUAAUCACCAACAGGAGUUGCAGGUCUUGAGGGGGGAGAUGGAAAGAGAACUCGAGAGAGCCAACAAACUGGAGCAGGAGAUUUCUGUUCUCCAAAAUCUCCACCAGCAAGAGCUUCACUCUCUCACACAGGAGGCCCAGGACGCCAAAACCUGUGCUGAACAACUUCAGGCGAAGGUGCAAGUUCUGGAGGAGAAACAGACUGCUUAUGAGGAGCAAAGUAAUGCGCAUGCUGAGGAGAUGAGUUUGAUGGAAUUAAAACACCAGGAGAUGCUAGAGACGAGCAUGCAGGAGCAGAGAGAGAGACUGGAAGAAGAGAAAGAAAAGAGGCUCACUGAGCAGUGGAAGGAACAGCAGAAGAGCUAUGAGGAAAUGCUCAAUGCACAGCUAGAGGAAAUGCAGCAGAGAACAGAACAGGAGUGUACUGAGCUGGAAAAGAGGCUGAGGGAUGAGUGGGACCAGGAGAAGCAAGAGCUAGAGGAGAGCAGUAGAGAGAAAUUAAACUCUAUACUGGAGGAGAGAGAGCGGAGACUUCGGGAGGAGUGGGAACAGGAGAGACAGGAGCUGGAGGAGAUCAGCAAGGAGGCACUGCAAGCCGUUCUGGAGGAGCGUUCGGAGAGAGAGACGAGGCUCAGGCAGCAAUGGGAUGAGGAGCGGGCUUCAAUGGAGAACAAACAUCACGCUCUGCUCCUACAGCAUUUGCAGGAGGAGAGAGAGCACUUCCGCACACAGCAGGAGGAGACCGAGAGCAUUAUUUUUGAGCACUGGGCGAGAGAGAGGGCUCAACUAGAGAGGCAGCACAAGGAGGCGCUCCAGGCCUGUUUGGAGCAGGAGCGAGAGAGACUGCAGGUGGACCGAGAGGAGCAGGAGAGCAGGUGGCAGCAGGUUUUGAUUGAAGAGCAGAGUCGGGUGGAGGAGGCCCACAGGGGGGCCAUGCUGGAGCUGACUGCCAAACACAAUGAGGAGAGGGAAAGACUCAGUAGCCUUUUGGAGAAACUACGCACAGACAUUGCAGAACAAAGGAGUGAAGUUUGUCGUCUGGCUAAAGAAAACUUCAUUCUAAGGCACAAGAUCUCAACAGUGAGAGAACAGGACCUGAGAGAGAACCAGGAUGAUGCACGAUUACAGCACAUCAAACAAGGAAAGAGAUCAGUUCAAGCACUCCGUAGACAGCUCUCAGAGCCUCGCCGUCUGGGACAGCAGCUGGAGGAAGAGAGUUUUAUUCUACAGCAGAAUUCAGAUCAUGUGCUUCGACAUGCACUCCAGGAAGUGAUUCGACAGCAUGACGGCUCAGCCAAUGGGAAGAAUGGGUUGUGUGAUCGGGAGGAGAUUUCUUCCAGGACAGAAAAGGAACUGCUUAGAUCAGAGCUCAAUCGGUGCAUAGAAAAGAUCAUGUCACUGGACUCCUCUCUACAGACGGUCACUCAGCAAAACGCUCGUCUCAAAUCUGACCUGCGCAUCACACAACAAGAAAGAGAUGCCCUCAAACAGGAAGUGAUGUCCUUGCACAAACAAUUGCAGUCUGCUAAUGAAAAGCUGCUGGAGGUCUCUGUUGUGUCUGCUGGUCAUCAGCAGGGAAGGCGUGUAUGGGCGGAGCUAUCAGGGCUGAUGGAGGCGGAGCAUCACUCGCUAAAAGAAGAGAACCAGCAACUCAAACGACAGAUGAAUGAAUUGAGCUCAGAGCUGCAGACGUCGAAGGAGCAGAUCCGCCAUCUGGAGGCACUGAGUGCAAAACAGAGGGGAAUUGUGAAAAAUGCAGAUCAAGAAAAAUCUGCCCUGAAGCGUGAAAUGGAGGCUCUGCACUCACAGCUGCUGUCAACUCGAAACAAGGCUCAGCUGGCUGCCAUCUUGCCCUCAUCUCCUCUACAUUUGGCGGGAGAACAGAGAGGAUCACAUAACAGCGAUGGCCCAGACUUCAACAUACAGGAGCGGGAGGCGGCACUGUUACAGAUGGAGGAGAGAAUGAGAGAAGUGGAGAUCACACUGCGAAACCUCAAACUGUUACUACAGGAGAAAGUGUCUCAGCUAAAGGAACAGUUGAUCAGAAACAGUGAAUCAGAUGUGCUGAUCAAGGACCUGUAUGUGGAGAACGCUCAGCUGCUGAAAGCCCUGGAGAAGACAGAGCAACGGCAGAAAGUAGCAGAGAAGAAGAAUUUCCUCCUGGAGGAGAAGAUUUCUAGCCUCAACAAGAUUGUUCGCGAUCUCGGCCCGUCACCGUUGACCCCUGCCCCCUACCACUUUACACGCUCCUGAUUGCACGCUGUUAUUGAAGGGGAUAGUUCACCCAAAAAUGAAAAUGACCUCAUUUAUUCUUUCUUGUGUGGCUUUAAAGCUUUUUUUUGUUGAAUACAGAAGCUGAUAUUUAUCACAUUGGCAGGGGUGGACUUAGGGAUUUGGGGUUCUACACAAUUCAAGGUAUGGGGCUCUAGCAUUGAAAAUCAAAACAUUCUCUUGCUCAUUUUUUUUUUUUUUUUUUCCUUCUCUUUCUCGGUGGUAACAGCUCACAUCUCAUGUGCAGUACAGAAGGAAUGUUCCACUAUUCUACUAUUACAAUAUAAAAUUUAUAUAGGGAUAUAUAGGGCCCUAAGCAGCUGCUUACCUCGCUUAUUGGUUAAGUCCACCCCUGCAUAAAGGAAAGACAUUCUCAUGAAAGUCAAUGGGUGCCAGCUACCAGCAUUUUUCUGAAUAUCUUUUGUGACGUGUAGGGUAAGAAAAUGAUUGCAGAGUUUUCAUUUUAUGUGAACUAUCACUAUAAUGAUCCCCUAUUAUACAGUAUACAGUUGAAGUCAGAAUUAUUAGCCCCCUUCAAAUUUUUUCUUUUUUAAAUAUUUCCCAAAUGAUGUGUAACAGAGCAAGGAAAUUUUCACAGUGUGUCUGAUAAUACUUUUGCUUGGAGGAAAAGUCUUAUUUGUUUUAUUUCGGCUAGAAUAAAAUCAGUUUUUAAUUUUUUAAACAUCAUUUUAGGGACAAAAUUAUUAGCCCCUUUAAGCUUUAUUUUUUUCGAUAGUCUACAGAACAAACCAUCGUUAUACAAUAACUUGCCUAAUUACCCUAACCUGCCUAGUUAACCUUAUUAACCUAGUUAAGCCUUUAAAUAUAACUUUAAGCUGUAUAGAAGUGUCUUGAAAAAUAUCCAGUCAUCAUAUUCACUAUAUAAUAUAAAGAUAAAACAAGUCAGUUAUUAGAAAUGCGUUAUUAACUAUUAUGAUUAGAAAUGUGAAUAGAAAUGUGUUGAGAAAAAUCUUCUCUCCGGUAAACAGAAAUUGGGGAAAAAUAAACAGGGGGGCUAAUAAUUCUGAAUUUAACUGUAUAUGCCUAAUAUCUGACAGCCAGAAAGUGAUCAAUUUUUUAUAAAUUGUUAAGAUAUCGAUGUCUGUGAUGCAGCAAGUCCAGAGACUGUUGUGUACACCAUGACUUUAGAUGUAAUUCAGUUUAAUAUGUGACAUGACUAAAAAUGAAAGGUUGUAAACGAAUAUUUUCUUAAUUCAACUGAGUAGGGGCUUGGACCAGGAAACAGUAUUUUAUACAUCACGACUUUACAAGCGGAUAUGGAAACCCUUGUGAUGGAAGCCUCACCUUCCCGUUAGAAUAGCCAAUAAUCGAUCUUUAUAGCCACAUGGUUCUUUAUAGCCACAUGGUCUGUAUGCAUUUGCUUGUUCAGAGCACCAAUAUCUGUUGUUUAAGGACUAGUGUGUGCCUUGCUGGUUUUGACUGAAGAAAUGACAUCGCAGAACAUCCCAUCACAUAUCACGUCCUUAUGGGGUCGUCUUCUGAGAUCUGCACUGUGUAGUUACUAUUGAAACAGCUAUAAAGGAAAGUGCUGUCAUGAAAUGCAGUACUUUUCAACCUUGAUGGAACUAACUGAAAAUAACAUGUUUUAAAUUGAAUCAGAGAAACAAAACUGAUAGGACCGAAGAAUUUGUUGCUCGUUUGGAAACUUGAUUUGUAAUUUGAGUUUAGCGAGCAGUUUCAAGAUUUCAGGAUCUGUUUUAGAUUUGACUUGCUUUUGGAUUAACUACAUGGAGUUGCUGCAAAUAUGUUGACUUGUUAAAACAGACUUUGAGACUUUUGCGUGACUACCAUGUAUCUGUGUAGAAAAUCAUAUAUCACCCAUAUAGUAAACGUUUGAUUCCUAUUAGAAUGAGUGGAUUUCACCUGUGAAAUACUAAUGUGUAAAUAUGACUGCACAUGAUUAGGUCAUCCUAAUGUUCAUCUGAAGGACAUAUUUAUAAGAAUGUCCAAUCUGCUCUUUAUAAAACACAAGAAUUCGGUGACCAGGGUGUUGUUAAGCUCCAAAAAUGCAUGUAUUUAAAUGAACUGUGCACUAUAUGGUAUUUACAAAGUCUUUGAAGCCAUAUAAAAGCUUUGUGUAAUGAACAGAUUGAAAUUUGUGUUCCUGAGAUUUUCCCAUUCGUUUUUUAUUUCUGACUGAACAAUGUUUGCUUUUAUAGUACUUUUGAAGUUGGCAUGGAAUGAAUGUUGUCUGUAUGUUAAUGAAAAGAGCUUUUCCAACAAGAAAAAUGGAUUGGCUUGUUGGUUUGCUGUUGCUGAAAUCCAAUUUUUAAUUCCCAAUUUGUUGUCAUUACAAAAAUACUGCAAUGUUUCAUUAAAAAAGGAUGGUUGCGAAUGGUUCAUUUUAAUUUGAUGGCAACUUUAAUAAUAUUUCCGUUGUUUCUGGACUUCAGUUUGCAGUUGGAAGGUCAUCUUAAGUGAUGGUGAAAUUCCUUAAACCCAGAGAGGCUUGUCCAACAGCUGAGGCCCCAGCAUUCUCUCUCUCACACACACACAUGCCUAUCGCCACAUAGUUUUCAAUGUAAUGCAAACAAGGUCAGUGAUUCCCUGCUUCUCAGAGAAGGAAAUUAAAGGGCAAGUGCCACACUGUUUAUUCACUGUUUAUUCCUGUUUGUUAUAGUGCAUUCUGUCUUUGGGCUUGUUUAGUCAAUAUAAAUGUUUUUUCGCUUGAGAAUCUGCACCAGAAAACAUCCCAUGACAUGACUUUAAGUGCAGGAGAUCUUUGUGUUCCUAUUUUUCAUAUUUGAACCAUAAUCGUGUGUGAUGAGCACUGUGAAUAUGAAUAAUAGCGGGUGUAUUCAAAUAUUUAUGCGGAGUAAAAGAAACCUUGAGAUCGGAGACGUCAGCCUCAUGGUUACCGCUGUAUAAUUUGUGUGCGGAGAGGAAAAUUGCUGGUUAUGAUGUUUCAUUUCAGGCGUCUCUCAGCGAGUGCAGUUUACCAGCUUUGAUGCUUGGAGGGGAAAAUGUACAAAGAAUUACAGGCAUUUAAAAAUGUCGAAAUUGCACUGAAAUAUGUUGUCCUUACAUUUUUAGCAUUGUAACAAAGCCUUUGGUGAAGCUUAAACUAUAUAUGCUUUACAGUAUUUGUCAUGUAAAUGAUGUAUUGUUUUAAGUGUUGAUUGUAUGACAUUUGAAUGUUGAAGCAUAAUUGUUUUUAUCUUCAUUAAAGAAUAGUUUUAGUAAGCAC